UUGGUUUUGUUUAUUUGUGUGUGUAUAGUUUAAAGUAACUCUGAAAAGUCAACAAGUUUAUUUGAUCAAUUAAUCACAUGAGUUCUCAUAUUUGAAAUAGCUGUGCUGUAGUUACCUAUAUUUUCAGGAAGUUUAAUGUAGGGUGGACCACAUGGACAGCUCCUUAGUGGUCAAUGAAAAUAAGGACAUUUUCUUCAGCGUCACUAAUGAUCUGUCACAACAUCAGACGUGAGUCUCCAUAUCCUCCUCUGUAGGUUUUUCUGUGUCCUACCAAGCACACAUCAGUUUUCUCACAUGACAAUCUUUGUGUGGAGUUCACUUCACUGACGGAAGAACGUGGAAAAUAUGUCUUUGUCUUAUAUUCUUCUCAUUUAUGUUGCCGGAGUUGCGGUAAAAGAAAGUUGUGCAGAUUCGGUUCCCACUCCCACUAUUGUAUUUUCCCCUGAUUACAUCAAUGUAGCUACACCUGUUACAGUACGCUGUGAGUCACCAGAAGGCACAGAGUGCAAUUUCUACAGAGAUCACGACCCCAACCCUAUAAGAACAGUGGAUUACAAGCAGGGUGCUUGCCAGUUCAAGUUGUUGUGGAAUGAGUUCAAAAAGUGGAACAAGACUGAAGUAGAUCUCAGCUGUGUAAUUCUACAGAACAGAGAAGAUAAAACGAUCAAAACCUCAAAACCUAGUGAUGCUCGAAGACUUAAUGUGGGUGAUCCAAUUGGAAUGCCCAGUGUUCAUGUGGAGAAGAUCGGGAAUUACCUCAAUCUUCGAUGUGAGUGCAAGGCUGGCACCUCAUGCUACUUUUAUCUGAACAAUGGUGACUCACACUUCAAAAAACUACCCUACAAAGACAAUGUCUGUGUGGGGAGAGUGGCAGAAGAGGAACUGCAGAGGAAGAGGAGCAGUGCUGGAGAGAUCUUCAUCACCUGUGCUGUGGAGCUGUUGGUAGAGGGUGAAGAUACUGUGACAUCACAGCGUAGUGAAUCCUCGGAAGAGGACAGUAGUCUGCAAUACGCUACUGUGACAUCUACCAGUGACCAAGCUAGUCUUCAAUAUGCAACAGUGACAUCUACCGGUAACCAAGUUGGACCUGGGCGCACCAAGAUCAAGUUUGAAAAAGCUGGAGAGUACGCCCUCUUAGCAGAAUCAUAG